ACAUUGUGCGUCAUAGCGUCAUGCGGCGCGCCGUGACGAGGCGGAAGUAGCGGCGGUUGCCGGGGUAACCAGCGGUGGGGCCGCGUCAUGGGCGAGCUCGGCUUGGAGGCCGGGAAUGGGAACGGGAACACGUACAGUCUGCGGCCCGGCCUGCAGCAGCGAUUUAAGCCCUCCAUCGUGAAAGAAUGCAUCCGUGCGGUACUGAAGGAGAAGCUGGCCGACGUGCAGUAUGUCCCCGAGGAGAUGCCUCAGCUCACAAAGUCUUUAUCGGAGAUUAUAAAAGAUAGGCUGAAAGAGGAGGGAUUUGAGAGGUACAAAAUGGUGGUGCAGGUUGUGAUUGGAGAACAAAGAGGAGAAGGAGUUAACAUGGCUGCACGAUGUUUCUGGGAUGCUGACACCGACAGCUAUGCUCAUGAUGUUUUCAUGAAUGACAGCCUCUUCUGUGUGGUAGCUGCAUUUGGCUGCUUCUACUAUUGAAGAUACCUGCACAAAAGGACAGAGGUGGGGGAGAAUCCUUUAGGGUAUUUUUCAUUAACGUGACAUACACAAAAGCACCGUGUUCUUCUUCUAAUGCCUAACACAACACAGCUCUACAACGCACAUCCUACAUGUGUUGAACUACAGCAUCCCUCCUCCCUUGUUGAUGUCAGUACAGCUUUAAGUGUGUCGUUAUGUCCUUUAUUUAAAUUGCCAUUUGUUUGUAUAUAGCGUGCUGGUUUUGUUCUAAAAAGUGUAUUGCCAGGAGCUGUCAUUUUUAAGGCAGGCAUAACUUCUGUUUUAAGAGGGUUCCACUGCUUUUACCUUGUUAGUUUUCUGAGGAGAAUGAAGUAUUUCCAAGAAACAUAACAUAAUAAAUCUAUGUGUUUACUUUUCUCUC